AUGGUGGCUCGCCAAUUCUUCGUCAACCACAACGACUCCACCUUCGACGUCGUUUACGACACCGCUGACGGCCUCGAAGUUUUUAAGUACCAGCUUUUCUCUCUCACUUCAAUCCCUCCUCAUCACCAACAGAUCUUUGGAGAAGACGAUGAUCGAGUCGUAUCAGACGAUUCUGAUCUCACUGACAUUUCCAACAAACUCAAAUUGAUAAAAAUCAACGAGGAGGAUGAAAUCGAGCUACUAGAUUCGAGUAGUACUGUUGUGCAGGAUAGCGAGGAAUCAGUGCGGAAUGUGCAGAUUCUCGGAGGAGACGAUUCGGAUAGUUCUGAUGUCGUUCAUGUUUCAAAUGAACUCAAAGAAUCAAGUAGUGCUGUUGUACAUGAUAAGGACAGUGCUGAUGAUUUGUUGAAAUCGGAUGAGGAAUUUGCGCGAAUGUUACAGGCGGAGGAGGAGGCGCUUAUGUUGCAGGAGUUUGCAGUUAGUCAACAAAGUGAAGAGAUUGAGCAGAGAAUUCGGCCGUAUAUCCAGCAAGUUCUAACAUAUGAAGACCCGGUGAGGCAGGAGGCAGCACGGAAGACGGUUCCUAGAGAAGAGCUUGAGGAGAAAGCUCUGGUUUCUUUGGCAAAGGAGGGGAACUUUAAACCAUCAAAAAUCGAACAAGACCAUGCUUUCCUGCAGCAGCUGCUUUUCUGGUUCAAACAAUCAUUCAGGUGGGUUAAUGCCCCUCCUUGCGAUAGUUGUGGCAAUGAUACUGUUAUCCAAGGAAUGGGUGCUGCACUUCCUUCGGAAACCCAAUAUGGAGCAGCUCGAGUUGAACUUUACCGCUCGUGGAAACUCGAAGGGGUCGCUGUGGAGAAUGGGCCAAUUGCUUUACCUUUUAUUGCUGUGCUUUUGGCUAUGAAUCUCGUCUGGUGGAAUAAGAAAUUGGACUACAUAAUUGCUAUUGCAAAAGAUGGUGUUUAUGAUGUCACUAAGCGUUACACAAGGAAGUGGCUUGAGGUUCUAUCCCGACGAAACAUUACCAGAGAGCCAUUUUUGUCGGCUACUCUUCAUAGCAUGACCCAAGAAUGUCGAAGAAGCUUCACAUCUCAAAUUGUUUCUGUACUUGAAGACCGUGAUAAGAGUGAAUCAGAAGAGCUUGAGAGAUUUUUAUAUUCUACAGAUGAUUCUUCAGUCUCGUUGCCUGGUAGACAAAGUGGGGACAAGGAAUGGCGCAUUGCAAGAUCAGAAAUUGGUUCCGAUGAACAUUGCUCUUUGAGCUGUACUUCAUGUCCUGUUCGUGUAUGCGUAGAUGAGCACGUGACAAAGAUUUACAAUGCAUUUUCUCCUCUCCUUUCUCGUUGUGUUAACCAUUCUCUUUCCAAAUCAAGAAUUAUUGAAAUACUGAAGAUGUUCAAAGGAAUUUUGGUGGAACUUAGGAAUUCGCCCUAUAAAACCAGGCGAGCUUCCAUAAACCCUUUUAUGCUUCAUUUGCUGCCAUAUUUUGAUGAGUUACUAAAUGCUCUAUCAUUGAAGAGUGAGAUUGACACUGAUGGAAAAGUGGAUAUCGGUUUGGCUGGAUACCCUGUCAACACCGCCUUAGCACUGCCUGUCGUGUUGGAUGCUUUGGAUGAUUUGAUCCAGGGUCUUAACAAUCAUUACAACGUAAGCAGAGAUUCUCUGUCCUGGCCACUUAUAAAGUUGAAUAGAAUCCAUUCUGGUUCUGUUCUUGCAAGUGGCGAGGAACUUCCUUUUGGAAUUGCCACAUCAGCAUUUGAUGGUCUCCGCAUGGCUAAAUGGGAAGAGCCAAAUGGAGCAAAAGGUUGCUGGAUUGUGUAUAAACUACCAGACAACCAGAUGCACAAGUUAGUGGCAUAUGAAUUAAUGUCGGCCAAUGAUGCCCCAGAGAGGGAUCCUAUGGAUUGGGUUGUUGAGGGAAGUCAUGAUGGUGGUUCUAGCUGGCAUCUUUUGGAUAAACAAACUUCUCAGAUGUUUGAAAAUCGUUUUCAUCGUAAAUCCUUUAUGAUUGAUUCAAACAGUGUCCCAUGCGAUACUUUCAGAUUCCGGUUCCUGGCUGUCAAAGACGUUCAAUCAAAUUCACGCCUACAAUUGGGUAGCAUUGAUCUGUAUGCAAGCAGCAAUUGA